AUGUCAGAUACGGAUUCUAAAUCAGCUACACCGGCGGUUCAAAACUGGGCGCCUAAAUUGUUCAUAGAUGAGCCUGAUCGUACAGCAGAAGCACUUGCGACUUUCCGUCUAUUGGAGAAAUGUAAGUAUAGUAUAGAUUAUUUGGGAGACUCUACGAACGAAUUUAUGGAAUGUGAUUGCCCCGAGGAACGGACCCUUGUGGAUGAUGACGAAUAUAUUAAUCGUGCUUGUGAUGAAAACAGCGAUUGUAUUAAUAGAUUGACUUUGAUAGAAUGUGUCGAUGGAUUAUGUGAAUCAACUUGUGGGAAAGAAUGCCAAAAUCAAAGGUUUCAAAAGAAACAGUAUGCUGAUAUCAAUGUGUUUCUUACAGAACAUAAAGGGUAUGGUGUUAGAGCACAAACAAACUUGGAAGCAAAUACGUUUAUUUAUGAAUAUAUCGGAGAAGUGAUAGAUGAAGAAGAAUUCCGUGAUAGGAUGAUACAAUACGAUAAUAGACAUUUAAAACAUUUUUAUUUUAUGAUGUUACAAACAGGACAAUUCAUUGAUGCAACAAUGAAAGGUUGCUUGGCGAGAUUCUGUAAUCAUUCUUGUAAUCCAAAUGCAUAUGUGAAUAAAUGGGUAGUCAAUGGGAAGUUAAAGAUGGGCAUUUUUGCAAAGAGAGAUAUUGUGAAAGGUGAAGAAAUUACCUUUGAUUAUAACGUAGAUCGUUAUGGUGCCACUGCUCAAAAAUGUUAUUGUGGUGAACCAAAUUGUAUUGGAUUCAUGGGUGGUAAGACUCAGACUGAUGCUGCAUCGUUAUUACCACAUAUAUAUGCAGAUGCAAUGGGUGUUAGUGCCUCACAGGAAAAGAAAUGGAUUAAAGCUAAGAAAGCUGAAGGGACAUUAGAUGAUAUCAAGAACAAAGGGGAGAAUGGUGAAAAUAUUAAUGUGGAAUUUGUUGAAUCAUUGGAUAUGGAACCUUGUGAUAAUGUUAAGGAUGUCACAAAGGUAAUGAGUGUACUGUUACAAUGUAAUAAUCAAUUGAUAGCGUCAAUGUUAUUUAAAAGAUUAUGGUUGACUUACAAUUAUGAAGAUGAGGAUGAUGAAGAUAAAACUUUAAAACAAAUACUAUUGAACCAAGUGAUUAAAUUGCAUGGUUAUCAAUGUUUUAAAAACAUACUACAAUUGUUUCAAGACAAUGACUACGACGUUUUACGAGAUAUUAUUGAAUUCUUGUACCAUUUACCAAAAUCUACUAGGAACGGUGUCACUUCUUCUCAUAUCGAUGAACAAGUAAGAUCAAUUGCAAACGAAUAUCCAGACUUCGAAGAAGAUUGUAAUCAAUUACUGCAAAGGUGGAACUCCUUUGAUACAUACACCAGAAUCACUAAAAAGGAUAUUUCUAAUGCAUCAUCAACUACAUCAAUGAAAAAAUUGAUGGAUCAAAGAAGGAUAAGGUUGCCACCUGGGUGGGAAAUUAUACAGGAGAAUGGUCGGCCAUUAUAUUUUAAUCGGGAACAAAAUAGAAAGUUAGUCGAUCCACCGAUUUCCCAAUCUGAUCAUAACAAUCGGACAACGUCUGUUGAUCGUCGGAACCGUACUGCAUCUAAGGGACCACUUGGACUUGGCCAUAACAAUGACUCGGAGUACCACCUAGGUGAUAAGAGAAGUUAUAGUUCUAGGGAUAUUCAUCGUAGUGAAGAUUUUGCCAUGAAGAAGAAACGUAUAGAACUUGAAGAACAACAAAUGUUAUUAAGAGCUAAAGAAGAAGAGGAAAAGAGAGAAAAAGAGAGAUUUAAACAAGAAACCGAAAGAAGGAAUAUCUUGGAUCAAAUCAUCUCAGAUGUUGGAAAAUCAAAAGAGCUACAAAGAGAACAAUCAUUGAAACUAGAAGAAGAAAAGAGAAGGAAACAUCAUGAAAGAAAGAUAAAUUCACAAUUAUCGCAUUUGGAACAUAAAUGGGAAAAAUUCUUCGCCUCAUUUGUUCCAAAUAUGGUUAAAAAAUAUAACACAGACAUUAAUUUAUCUCAUGAUGCCAUCAAACAAUGCUCAAGAGAUAUUGUUAAGACUUUAUCUAACAAAGAAGCAAAGAGAGGAUCAGAGAACUCUCCACCUAAAAAGAUGGACAAAUAUAAGUAUGAAAAAGUUAAAAACUUUGUCAAUCAAUACAUGGAGAAGUUUACCCAAAAAUAUAACGAUAAAAAAUUCAAAACGUCCCAAGCGUCAUAA